AUGAGAGAAAAACUUCAUAAUUGGUCUACCGUGGCUUGUGCUGAACAUCUGCUAGUAUUAAGUUAUAAUAACUUAUUAUUUGUGUCAAUAGAGAAAGAGAGAGAUAGAGAUAGAGAGAUGAUAGAUCAAAAACAAUCAAUAUCUAUCAAACAAAUAGAAAGAAUUGAAUAUUGUGUUUGA